GUGCUGGCUGAAAACAACGAAUAAGGGGAACAAAACGAAGAAGCAGCAGACCCAACAGGCGGAAUCUUUCAGAGGGAAGGGAAAGCGCAAGAAGGGAUUGAACCUGGAGAAACACAAUGGAGCUGUUCCUCUGGCUGGCCUCCCAGUUCCUUGCCGUAUGGAGUAAUCUUAGCAUGCUGGUUAUAUUUCUUACUUUUUUCACUUUGUCCUUUGAUUUUAUGAAGCGCAGGAGGCACUGGAGCAAUUACCCUCCGGGGCCUGCCUCCUUUCCUUUUGUUGGAACUAUGCUACACAUUAAUUUCAACAAACCUCACCUUUCCUUCACCCAGCUCAGUAAGAAAUACGGGAACAUUUAUAGCCUUCAGAACAGCUGGACAAAUAUAGUGGUGCUGAAUGGAUUCCACACCAUAAAAGGAGCUUUAGUUGAUAAAUCUGAGGAUUUUGCUGAUCGCCCCUACUUUGCUGUCUACAGCCAGAUGGGCUAUGGAGAAAAUAAUCAAGGAUUCAUAAUGGCAAAGUACAAUCAUGCAUGGAAGGAGCAGAAGAGAUUCUUCAUCUCCAUGCUGAAGGACUUUGGGAUGGGCAAGAAGUGUCUGGAGCAGCUAAUAAUUGAAGAAGCUGGAUAUCUGUGCUCUGUAUUUAGCUCCAGGGAAGGUCAUCCAUUUGAUCCUCACUAUCUCAUAAACAAUGCCGUUAGUAAUGUGAUAUGCUUCCUUAUCUUUGGUAAUCGUUUUGACUAUAAUGAUCAGAAAUUCCAGAGAUUGCUUCAUCUGUUAGAAAAAGCCAUACAUGAAGACGUUGGAUUCUUGCCCCAGCUCCUUCAUGUGACACCUUUUUUGUUGCACAUCCCUGGAGUGGUACAGAAAGUCUUCCAACAUCAAAAGCUUUUAUUUGACUAUGUAGCUCAGUUUCUGAAGGCACACAAAGAAACCUGGAAUCCUUCCUAUAAGAGAGAUAUUACUGAUGCCUUUUUAGAAGAAAUUGAGAAGAAAAAGAAGGAAGACAAUAGUUUCAAUGAAGGUAACUUUCCUUUGGUAAUGUCUGACCUAUUCGCUGCUGGCACAGAGACCACCACUACCACACUGCGCUGGGGACUGCUCUACAUGAUCCUCCAUCCCAAUAUCCAGAGCAAAGUCCAAGAAGAAAUUGAUGAAGUAAUUGGCAGGAACAGGUUACCCAAAAUGGAAGAUCAGACAAACAUGCCUUAUACCCGAGCUGUGAUCCAUGAAAUCCAAAGAUUUGGGGAUAUUGUUCCAACUGGUAUAUUCCAUAUGACAUACCGGGAUACAGAGUUGGAAGGCUUCUUCAUCCCAAAGGUCGCCGUUCCUGUCCAGGUGAACAGCUGGCCAGAAUGGAGCUUUUCCUUUUCUUUGUAAGCCUGCUUCAGCAGUUUAUCUUUCUUAUCCCAGAAGACCAGCCUAGACCAAGAGAAGAAGGAUACUUUUCUUUUACACAUGUACCUUACCCCUAUCAAAUCCAGGCUAUUCCAAGA